CAGACUCUGGUGGAUUUCUUCAGUGAGAAGGACUGUCCCGUCACGGAGAGGCUGAAGAUGUUCUACAGCUGCCGGGCUCCUCCUCUCUGGGAUCUACAGAGGCAGUUGGCGAGUCUGUUGACUGAUUUGGGCCUGACUAGUUCUGCACUGCUGAUCUACGAGAGACUGGAGCUCUGGGAGGAUGCAGUUGUGUGUCUGGAGAGGAUGGGACAGCAUGGCAAGGCGGAGGAGAUUUUGAGGCGUGAGUUGGAGAAAAAGGAGACGCCGUCGCUGUACUGUCUGCUGGGCGAUGUACUGAAGGAUCCGCAGUAUUAUGACCGAGCAUGGGAGCUUUCCAAACACCGCAGCGCACGUGCCCAGCGCUCCAAAGCUCUGCAUCACCUGCGCCACAGAGAGUUCCAGCAGUGUGUGGAGUGUUUCGAACGCUCUCUACAAAUCAACUCCAUGCAGUUGGGUGUGUGGUUUUCCCUGGGCUGUGCAUAUUUUGCAUUGGAAAGCUACGAAGGAGCCGCCAGAGCUUUUCAGAGAUGCGUCGGACUGGAACCAGAUAAUUCAGAAGCUUGGAACAACCUUUCCACGGCCUACAUCAAACUGAGACUGAAGGAGAAGGCGUUCCGCACCCUUCAGGAAGCGCUCAAGUGUAAUUAUGAGCGAUGGCAGAUCUGGGAGAAUUUCAUUGCGGUGUGUGUAGACCUGGGCGAGUUCAGUGAAGCUAUCAGAGCCUACCAUCGGCUCAUGGAGCUCAAGGACAAAUACAAGGACGUGGAGGUUCUGGAAAUCCUGGUGCAAGCAGUAGUGGAUAAUCUGACCGAUCACCGGGGCGAACAGGCCUCCAUUCUCAGACCCAAACUCCAGGAGCUCUUGGGCAGAGUGUCGUCCCGCUGCAGCACAGACGCACAGAUAUGGAAACAGUACGCCCGUCUUUAUGGCGAUGGACAUAGCAACAAUGCAGAAGACAAUGAAAAGGCGCUGCAGUUUCUGAGUAAAGCUCAUCGAUGUGAAACGCAGGCGGCUGGAUGGGAGAAAGACACAGGCAGCUUCAAAUCUGUGGUGAAAGGUGCCAGAGACAUGGCUAAUGUGUCCAUCAGCUGCAGCAGGUCGAAACGCAGUCCUCAAGAGGCUCUGCAGCUGCUGUCUUCAGCUCGACUCAGUCUGAAGAGUCUGACCACCAAAGCCAGACAACUGUACACUGACGUGGCCACAGGUGAGCUCCACGAUGACCUCAGAGAUGAUGUCAUCGAACUGGAGCAGCUCAUCACAGAAAUCCAGGAUUUGAGCGCACAGCUGCGCAGCCAAUGACAAGCCAGAUCAUUAUCUGCUAUUCCUCUCUUUGGUUACUUUAAAUGUUGCACUUUUAACAUCAUGUAUUAGACCAACAAAACCUCUGGAGAUCCUGGAGAGUUCAGGACGUCUGUCACUUGUUUUUAAAUCAACAGGGGAAAUAAAACCUGGAAGAAGGACUUGAUGUUUUUUUUUUUUUCCCCAUUAUGACCUGAUCCAGGGUCAGUUGUCUAUGCCUUAAUCAGAGCUCCUGUAAUCACAGUGUGUGGUUUUUAAGAUCCCCGAGACUGGUAUUGAAAUUUCUUUGUACAAGAGUGCCUGUUAAAUAAACAGUAAACAUCUUUUUCUAACAUA